AUGCAGCAACAAGGGGGUGGGAAGCGCAUGGCGGCUGCGGCCGACUCUCCAGCGCGUCAGGUGUUGGAUUCCCCAGAUGGUAACUCCAAAGAUGAACAGCCACAUGAACAAUCAGAGGCGCUGGCAGACCGCGUCUGCACGGCCCCGAGCGCAGGCGAUUUUCGGCUGGUUGAGGAGCCCCCAGAGUUCUUCUUGGCUGCAAACCCCUCCACCAAGCAGUUAGAGGCAUUUAGAGCCUUCACGGAAAGUGCUAGGGCGGCUAGAAAUGAGUUCCUAAGGGGUAUGAAGGCCUCUGACAUUGGUGCAGGGGCAGCUGGGGACUCCUCAUGCACUCGCAGCAAGUCCGCCUUCCUCAGCCGCACAGUCAGCCGGCAUGGCAGGGGCAGGGAGGUGCAUCCCCCAGCUAAGGCAUUAUCAUCUGCGCAUAUUAACUCUCCAGAAAAUGCUUCCGCAACCUCCGAUGCGGAAGCUUCAACAUCAGCACCAGAUGACGCUUAUCCGGAGGUGCCCGAGUUAGCUGGUAGCACUCGCCUGCUGCGCUACCUGCAAGGUUUUGAUUACGAUGCCACAGCCGCCAACAACGCCUAUCGACGCCACAUGAAGUGGAGAGAAGAAAUGAGUCUUAAUUCGGACAAGAGGAGAACAGUUGUGGAAUCAAUGCUGUUGCCCAUGAGACCUGAGGCCUCCCCGAAGCAUGCAGAAGUCACCCGGUUUUUUUCCACCAAUCCCGUGCUGCGCCGUGACGGGGGAAGAGGCCCUAGCUUGGACGCUUGUGCCGCAGCUGCUGCUGCAGCCAGUGCACCGGGGGGGGGAAACAGUUUGUUGCAAGCCCUUAGUGACAAGGCGUUAGAUUCGCUGUGUUUCUCUUUAAAGUUUGGUGUGAAUUUAGCGGUCGUCUACAAGGAGCGGCCUGCGGAUGAUUUGCGCGUUUCGGAUGGGGAGCGGUUUUUUCAAUCCGCGGGCUGCGUGUGUGCAGGACUGCUUGAUGUAAACGGUUUGUUUUCGGCGGUUUCGGAAGAAGAGUUUUUGGGGUGGCAUUCGGAUAUUUUGGAGUUUCGUUGCAUGCUUCUUGACGUGUUGUCUCGCAAGUUUAACAGAAUGGUCCGUGUAACUGCAGUUGUCGACUUGCAGGGCCUCUCGACGCGGAUUUUGAACCGGCGAGCUCUCAAUUUGCUGAGAAGGACAAUUAGUUCUGCGAGUGAAAACUACCCGGAAUCCAUUGGCACGAUGUACUUCAUCAACACUCCCCGCACGUUUUCGACUCUCUGGUCUGCCAUCCGCGGAUGGCUAAGGGAGAGGACUAUCAACAAGAUCAAGCUCUUGAGCAGCGACGCGGAAAGUGUUCUAGUGAGGAACAUUGGGGGUUACGCGCUGCCUCCCUCUCUGGGUGGUAUAUGCACGUCUUCGUUGGCCGACGUCCCUCCACUAGAUACAGACUUAGGCCCAGGAAGUGUGAUUCUUAAUGUGGGGGCCAGGCGGUGUAGCCAAGCUGUGGAGCUGCGCGAUUUGGAGGUCUCAGGUAAGUUGGGAGGAAGGCCACCAGUGCAGACUUUGAAGGGGAACGGCAUUUCGUGGUCUCUUGAUUCCGGAAACGAGAGCAUUCUUGAGGAGCACCGCAAAUACCCACCCCGCAAGCGAGUGAGCGGCGUUGUUAGCGCGGAACAAGAGGGCACUUUGAUCCUCUCCUUUGAUAACUCUUGGGGACUAAUAUCCUCUCGGCGUGUCCGGUAUAAGAUCGAAGUCGUGCAAGCAUCAGACGCAGUCCCAUUGCACAGUUGCGCAGAAGCUGCGAACGUCGUAUGA